UGACAGUUGACAUUAACUAAAAGGUAUUUUUGAAGAAAUAUGCCGACGUUGUAUUAGUUUGAUAUAAAUAUUGUGGUAUAUCGUUCUAAUAAUCUAAUAAGAAUACCCACAUUUAAUCACACAAAAUGGCAUACCCAAACCAAGAUUACUCUUGGCAACCUCAAAAUAACACCUCGAACUAUUCUUUUAACAAUUCAAAUACAUUUGGUGAUUCUCAAACACUAGAUUUUCAGAACUUUACAGCAGAACAACAGAAUUAUUCCUUCGACCAAGGACAGAGUCUUCCCGCCAACAACAAUCAAUAUUAUAAUCCUAAUAUAUUUACCCCAGCACCAAUACCUGGAGAACCAACACCAGCAGAAACAUCUGAAUUUGAUGAACCGCCACUUCUUGAUGAAUUAGAAAUUUAUCCAGACAGAAUACUUGAGAAGACUUUAGCUGUGCUUAAUCCAUUUCAUGGUCAAUCAAAAGCAGAUGAUGCUAAUUUUCUACUAAGAGAUACAGACAUAGCAGGUCCCAUAGCAUUUUGUCUAGCCUUAGCUGUCUGUCUCUUUCUCUCCGGAAAUAAAGCACAUUUUGGAUAUGUAUAUGGAUUAUCAGUAAUGUCAGUUAUAUUAAUGUAUUUCUUACUUUCCCUAAUGAGCCGAACAGAAGGAGUUUUUACUUUACUGAGCGUUGCUAGUGUACUGGGCUAUUGUAUGCUACCUAUGGUGGUUUUAGCUAGUCUUGGUAUAUUUAUUUCUCUUGAAGGUUCUAUAGGACUCUCUCUUUCUGCCAUUGCAGUAAUUUGGUCAGCUUUGUCUGCAAGUCGUCUCUUUGUAACAAUGUCUGGUGAUUCUGAACAACGACCACUAAUUGCAUAUCCAUGUGCCCUAGUCAAUGGAGUUUUUGCUCUCCUUGUUUUAUUCUAAUGCAUGUAUCAUACAAAUAAUUUUAUUAUAAUAACUACAGAUCUAAAUUGAUAUAUUUUGUAUAGAAAAUCAUAUGGACUAACAAGUAACU